AUGGCGAAUAAAUUUGGAUUAGGUUCUUUAACUUUGGAUACUAAAAAACCUAACACUACAGCAUGGAUAAAUAAAGCAAAACCUUAUUUUGUGGAACAAAUUGGAGACACCCUUCAAGGUAUAAGUGAAGAAAAAUUAACUGAAUUAGAAACCAAAAUAGAUGCUAUUAAACAACAACUUCUAAAUGUAGUAGAUGAAACUCAGUUUCAAAGUUUAAGUUCAUUAAUAUCUAAUUUAGAUGAUAAGAUUAAAAAACAAAAAAUGAUUCUAAUAGAUAAUAUUAAUCCAGGUAUAAGUGAAGACAAAUGGCAACAGGAACCAACUGCUCUAGAAACUAAAUUUAAAACUGAAUUACAAAAAGAAGUAACACAUAUUAAUCAACUGAUACAAAAUAUUUAUGAUAGUGAGAUUCAACAACAGAUAACUACUAUUAAUAACGAAGUUUUAAAACAGGAAAAAAAUAUAGCCGCAUUAGAAAAACAUCUCAAGGAAAAUAAAAAAUCAUAUUAUUUCAAUCAUCCAUUUUUCUGUGUGAGAAAUACUGAGCGUACUCCUACAGGUGAAACAACAUAUCAGUUGGAAGGAUAUGGAUUUAUAUUAAAAAUAAAAGUAUUUUUUAUAUAUAAGUGGAAACGUUAA